AUGAAGAAAUUGCUUGCAAUUUUCAUAAUUUCAUCAAUUCUUGUAGCAGAAAUCAAAGCUGGUGAUGUAUCUGACUGCACAGAUGCUAUGGCACUCUUUAAUUCGUUAACAAUUGGCACACAAAAUAGUAUUCGAGGAACAAUUUUAGAUUAUUUGGCAUCUCAAAAUCCUGAUUUUUUAGGCAAUUUGAUAUCAUUAAUUGGAGAUUAUUCAACAAUGCCUGAAACUUAUAACACCAGUGAUAUCGAGAUUUUGACCCAAUUGUAUGUUCAAACAAUUGUAUUUGGAAAGCCGUAUAUUCAGUGCAUUAUCAUGAACUUUUCAUCAUAA